AUGAAGAAAUAUGAGAACAUUACCACCUCCAAUACGUCUUACACAGACUUCUUCCUGGUAGGCUUUCCUGGGCUACGGGAAUGGCGUUCCCUCUUGGUUCUUCCCCUUUCCUGCCUCUAUGUAUUAAUUCUGUCCACCAAUGCCCUGAUCAUCUACACUGUGGCCACCCACCGAAGUCUGCACCAGCCCAUGUAUGUGCUCAUUUCCCUGCUCCUGGCCGUCAAUAUCUGUGCUGCCACUGCUGUGGUACCCCAGAUGCUGACAGGUUUUGUACGCUAUGCAAACCCUGUGUCACUGGAGGGCUGCCUCACUCAAAUGUUCUUUAUAUACUUCACCCUUCUCCUAGACUACAAUCUCUUGUUGGCUAUGGCUCUGGACCGCUAUGUUGCCAUCUGCCACCCACUCCGCUAUGCAGACCUGGUGACACCACAUCUAUUGGGCCUGCUGGCUGUGGCUGCCCUGAUCCGGAGCCUGGCUGUGGCCGUGCCACUGGUAGUGCUGACUUCCCGGGCACGCUUCUGUCGAACAGUAGUGAUCCGCCAUUUUGCUUGUGAGUACAUUGCCCUGCUGAGCAUUGCAUGUGGGGACCUAACCUUCAACAACCGGCUGGGCUUGGCCAUGCGGCUGAUCACAGUGACCUUUGACCUGUCCUUGCUGGGAGCCUCCUACACCCGCAUCAUCUAUGUUGCCUUCCAGAUUUCAUCAGGCAAUGCCCGAGCCAAGGCUCUACAUACGUGUGGAUCUCACCUACUGGUCAUCUUUACCAUCUACCUCUCUGGCCUCUCCACUUCAAUUGUCUUCCGAUUCACUAAGUCUGUGUCUCAGGAUGUGCAAAACCUGCUCAGUGCCAUCUACCUACUACUUCCAGGAGCCCUAAAUCCUAUCAUCUAUGGCGUGAGGACCAGGGAGAUCCGGCAGCAUGUGGAGAGAUUGCUCUGGAGAAGGGAGUCAAUGCUAGUGACCAGGGACCAGUCAAAGAGACUGCAAAAUAUUCAACCAGAGACCAGACUACCAGGGUGA